AUGAUGAAGAGUUAUUCAGAGGAGAGCAAUAAUGGCUCAUCCUCUGGUAAAUUAUCCUCUAAGGUUGGUGUUAAUAUAUCAAAGGGUGAGACACCAUUGUUUGUUUCUUCUUCUUUGGAAGCUGCAGAGCUUCAUCAUGCACCUGAUGGAUUAGUGGAGAUAAAUUUAGGUGACUAUGAACAUGGAAUAAAUGGCUUAAAAGAUUUUAUUCAUGUGUUUAUUUUGGAGUCUAUUAAGCUUUGGGCCAUUGCAGGACCUAUUGCUUUCAAUAUACUAUGCAAUUAUGCUGUUAAUUCCUUCACAAAUAUAUUUGUUGGCCAUCUUGGUAAUUUGGAGCUUUCUGCAGUUGCUAUCUCCCUCUCUGUCAUCUCAAAUUUAUCAUUUGGAUUCUUGCUAGGUAUGGCUAGUGCACUAGAGACUCUAUGUGGUCAAGCAUAUGGUGCUGGACAAGUAGAAAUGCUUGGAAUAUAUAUGCAAAGAUCUUGGAUAAUCUUAUUUGGUGCAUGCAUAUUGCUCUUACCAAUUUACAUUUAUUCUGAACCAAUCCUAAUACUCCUUGGUCAAGAUCAUGAAAUUGCUGAGCUUGCUGGAACAUUCACAAUCCAAAGCAUCCCUCAAAUGUUCUCCUUAGCCAUCAAUUUCACCACACAAAAGUUCUUGCAAGCACAAAGUAGAGUUGCAAUUCUAGCAUGGCUUGGUUUUGUAUCCCUCAUUGUCCACAUUGGCAUUCUUGCACUUUUCAUCAAGUUGCUUGGUUGGGGAACAGCAGGUGCUGCUGCAGCAUAUAAUAUAACUGCUUGGGGGAUUUCUUUGUCACAAUUGGUUUAUGUUGUUAAUUGGUGCACUGAAGGGUGGAAGGGUUUGUCAUGGUUAGCAUUUAAGGAUCUUUGGAAUUUUACCAAGUUGUCUUUUGCUUCAGCAGUCAUGCUUUGCCUUGAGAUUUGGUAUUUCAUGAUUUUGAUUGUUCUCACUGGACACCUUGACAACCCAGUUAUUGCUGUUGGCUCACUUUCAAUAUGCAUGAAUAUAGAUGGUUGGGAAGGAAUGCUAUUCAUAGGGAUCAAUGCAGCUAUUAGUGUGAGGGUUUCCAAUGAGCUUGGAUCAGGGCACCCGAAAGCAGCAAAGUAUUCAGUGAUUGUGACAGUUACUCAGUCCCUCAUCUUUGGAAUACUUUCUGCUCUCAUUAUUAUGGUUGCAAAAGAUCAUAUUGCUGUCAUUUUCACUGAGAGUGUAGAAAUGCAAAGGGCAGUUUCUAAGUUAGCAUCACUUCUUGGCAUUACCAUGAUACUCAAUAGUGUUCAACCAGUUAUAUCAGGUGUAGCCGUUGGAGGAGGUUGGCAAGCAUUGGUAGCUUACAUCAACCUUUUUUGUUACUACAUUGUUGGACUCCCUCUUGGAUUUCUUCUUGGUUACAAGAUGGGAUUAAGAGUGCAGGGUAUCUGGAUUGGAAUGAUAUGUGGGACCAUAUUACAGACAAUGAUCUUGCUGUAUAUUAUCUAUACUACCAAUUGGAAUAGAGAGGUUGAAGAAGCAUCAAAACGAAUGCGGAAAUGGACAGGUCAAGAAUUGGAGCUUCAUUCCAUGAGCUAGUAACUAGCUAGUAUACCACAUAGAAAUUAAAUCAGGAAUUUCGAUC